AUGAUUAAAGCUAUAUUAGUGUUUAAUAAUCACGGAAAACCUCGUUUAAUUAAAUUUUUUGAACAUUAUACCGAAGAUAUUCAACAACAAAUUGUACGUGAAACAUAUCAUUUAGUAUCAAAACGUGAUGAUAAUGUAUGCAAUUUCUUGGAAGGUGGUACACUUAUUGGUGGAAAUGAUUAUAAGUUAAUUUAUCGACAUUAUGCAACACUUUAUUUUAUAUUUUGUGUUGAUAGUAGUGAAAGUGAAUUAGGCAUACUCGAUCUAAUUCAAGUUUUUGUAGAAACAUUAGAUAAAUGUUUUGAGAAUGUUUGUGAAUUAGAUUUAAUAUUUCAUGUUGACAAAGUUCAUUAUAUUCUUCAAGAAAUAUGUUUAGGUGGUAUGGUAUUAGAAACAAAUAUGAAUGAAAUUGUAUCUCGUAUUGAAGAACAAACAAAAUUAGAAAAACAAGAAGCGGGUAUAUCGGCAGCACCCGCUAAAGCAAUGAUGGCUGUUAAAGAUAUGAAUUUAUCGCAAAAAAUAAAAGAUAUUAAAUUACCAUCAAUCUCAUUUUAA